CAGAGUAUUCACGUGUUAAUUCACUGGCAUGUUCCACGGCAGAAGCACCCCCUCUCUGCCUUCCCCCAGUUCCAACUGUUGUGCUGCGGCAGAUUUGAUCUGAGUCUCGGCAGAGCCCUUUUUUUUUUUUAUGGAGCAACCCUCCCGAUUCGUUACAGCCAGAGUCUGGUGCAAGUGAUCCUUGCGUUCUCAUCGCACACAAAGGCAAAGAGCUCCUUAAAGGGACCUGCCUGCUCCUCUGUGCAGCUGCAAACCCGUGUCGGUGCGGGAUCAGCAACCCGUUCUCAGCUCGAGAAUGAGUGGGGAGGGGUCUUGAGGAGCCCCCACGUCCUCCCGGAGCGGAGGCGGGAGGGAGCUGACAGUAGGAGUGGAUGGAGACCACCAGUCGGCGGGGACCUGCUUGCAAUUAGCUGCUUCUUGGGAUGCUCCGCGCGCCAGUUGAGGAUCCUGCCUGUGGUCCAGGGGAUGCUGGCAGCGCAUCUUGCGGUAAGCCUGCGCUGAUUUGAGCCAUCGCCCAGAAGCGAGCCCGCAUUCAGACACCGCCGACCGGCUCAGUCACCAUGAAUGCUCAGCUAUAGGCUUCUGCAGAAACCUCCCUACCACAUGGAUUUGGCAGUUUAAUCAGCCGAGAUUACAGCCCGGGAAGAUUUGCAAGCCUGGUUCUCCCUCCAGCUGCUGUGACAACUUCGGGGCCGUCUGUUUACUUCUCUGGGUCCCCGGGACUCUUUCUGCACCGCAGCCCCUCGUACCACUUUGUGGGCUCGGCUCAGAAGUCAGCCGCCAGGACUCCUUUGACUGCAUCCCGAAGGGGGAGCAAGGAGGGGUUAAAAGACAAGCAGAAAUCCCCGCAACUGCUCAACCUCUCGUGACUGCCUGUGUUCUGGGGUUCUGAGAGGGACCGUGCGCUGCCCGGGGAAGCAAUGCAAGUCUCCAUAGCCUGCACAGAGCACAAUUUGAAGAGUCGGAAUGGUGAGGACCGACUUCUGAGCAAGCAGAGCUCCACCGCCCCCAAUGUGGUGAACGCAGCUCGGGCCAAAUUCCGCACGGUCGCUAUCAUCGCGCGCAGCCUGGGGACGUUCACGCCUCAGCAUCACAUUUCUCUCAAAGAGUCCACCGCAAAGCAGACUGGCAUGAAAUAUAGGAAUCUUGGAAAAUCAGGACUCAGAGUUUCUUGCUUGGGUCUUGGAACAUGGGUGACAUUUGGAGGUCAAAUUUCAGAUGAGGUUGCAGAAAGGCUGAUGACAAUUGCCUAUGAAAGUGGUGUUAACCUCUUUGAUACUGCCGAAGUCUAUGCUGCUGGAAAGGCUGAAGUGAUUCUGGGGAGUAUCAUCAAGAAGAAAGGCUGGAGGAGGUCCAGUCUGGUCAUAACAACCAAACUCUACUGGGGUGGAAAAGCUGAAACAGAAAGAGGGCUGUCAAGAAAGCAUAUUAUUGAAGGAUUGAAGGGCUCCCUCCAGAGGCUGCAGCUCGAGUAUGUAGAUGUGGUCUUUGCAAAUCGACCAGACAGCAAUACUCCCAUGGAAGAAAUUGUUCGAGCCAUGACACAUGUGAUAAACCAAGGCAUGGCGAUGUACUGGGGCACCUCGAGGUGGAGUGCUAUGGAGAUCAUGGAAGCCUAUUCUGUGGCAAGACAAUUCAACAUGAUCCCACCAGUCUGUGAACAAGCUGAGUACCAUCUUUUCCAGAGAGAGAAAGUGGAGGUCCAGCUGCCAGAGCUCUACCACAAAAUAGGGGUUGGCGCAAUGACAUGGUCUCCACUUGCCUGUGGAAUCAUCUCAGGAAAAUACGGAAAUGGGGUGCCUGAAAGUUCCAGGGCUUCGCUGAAGUGCUACCAGUGGUUGAAAGAAAGAAUUAUAAGUGAAGAAGGGAGAAAACAGCAAAACAAGCUAAAGGACCUUUCUCCAAUUGCAGAGCGUCUGGGAUGUACACUACCUCAGCUAGCUGUUGCGUGGUGCCUAAGAAAUGAAGGUGUGAGUUCUGUGCUCCUGGGAUCAUCCACUCCUGAACAACUCAUUGAAAACCUUGGUGCCAUUCAGGCAAGUAUUGCAGCCCCUUGCAACAAACACCAGGGAAUUUAUGGUACCUUUGAGGCUAUUUCCAGGCAGUGUCCCAUCUCUCCCUACCUUUAUCCUUCUGGAUGGGGCAAGAGUAGGGGGAACAAAGGCAACAGAACACUUUCCCGGUACAUGGAUCCAGUGUUGUUCUCUGCGUAUUAACAGGAAGUGUUCCCAAAGCUCAUUUCUCAGGAUGGUUUGUUUCUGUGGAAAAGUGCAUUCCAAUGUUAUGCCUGGCAACUUCCUUCCCAGCCCUCACCAUAAAGCCUGCCUGAUAACUUGCUUGGAAAUUUAAGUCAUAGGAAACUAUACAUACAUCGUUUACUCAUCUGUUCUUUCCACAAAUAUUGCCCAACUACUGUAUGCUGAGCCCCUACUUUCUGUUCUCUUUUUCUGACCAUCUUGUAUUCCCCCUCCCAUGAUACCUUUUAUGAUAAUGUAAUGUAGUAUAACUUCCUGUCUCUACUGAUAGACUGCAAGUCCUCUGAAGUCAGAGACCUUAUGUCUUUCUUGCUUCAUCACUGGUUUUCCAGUUCCUAGGUACUUACUAUAUAUGUUCCUUAGUUAACAUUCAAGAUCUAUUGAAUGAAUACUUGUGAUGUUUUAAGAGAAAUGAGCUCAAAAUUCUAUUUUGGACUUCCAGGAUCAAAGCUCCCUAGAAGAAAAUUUAGGAGGCCCAUCCCCAUUCCCUAUCCUGAGGAUAGCCGUUGGUCCAGGGCACUAGAUGGGGCCUGCAGCCAUAUUCUGGGGAGCCUGUAGUGGCAGUGGGUGGGGUGAAAAGGAUGUUUCUAGGAGCUCUAAGGAGAAGGGUGGGGUUUAGUAUCCAUUGUGACCACCUCCUUUCCCCAAAGGCCACAACUAGCCCUGAGUCUGUCCUACUCGCAACCCUACUAAAAACCCUAGGAAUGAUCCUCCCCACAAUUCUUGUUAUAGCCACUACCUGCGAAAACAAGAAAGGUUGUCUAUUUUUCUCCUGCUCACUGAGGAAAGGAACUGUCUCACAGCUUCUUCCCUAUCCACCUGUCCCUGCAACAAGCACGUAGCCCUGUUACCAUUCCCAAAAGGAAACAGGUGGAGGUAAGGAUAAACAAGAUUUAAAAUCCUUUUUAAAAAUAGCCCAGAACACACUGUGGAAUAAAUGGUAUAGAACUCCUGCCCACUCCCCCAGCCUUCUUAGGGCUGUGUAGCCAUGUAAUCACCUCUACCUCUCUGCUUCUAACAACUGACAUAUCCAGCCUGUAACUCCUCCUGGAUUCUGUUUCCUGUACCUGCAUGGGGAAUUCUCCCUCUUAUAAAUGCUGCCUCUUCCCUGUUAUUUUAAUUUAUGCUCUGGGAAAAGAUAAGGGUACACAGUGAUGAGGGGAUAGAACAGUUUGUACAAAAAAGGACUGAAAUUCAAUCCAAUGAUUUCAGUUUCACUAAUGUUUAUGGAGCACUUAUUCUAUGCCUGGCACCAUGCUAGGCUGUGAGACGACUGAGAUGAGUAAAAACAGGACCCGGCCUUCAAAGAGCUCAUAUGCUGCUGAGAAACAGUGAAUUAAUUAAACAAUCUGUCCUUUCAUUCAUUCAACAAAUCUUUGAGAGCCUCUUGUAUACCAGGUACUGGAGAUACCAUAGGAAAGAAGAAAAACAUUGUCCAACCUUCAAGGGGAUUUUUACAUUCCAGUAGGAGACACAGAUAAAUAUACAAAAUGAUUUCAGGUUGUGAAAAGGGCUAUUAAGUAAAUAAAUGUUUAUUUAACUGAGGCUCAGAAAUGGGUGAGCCUAUGUUAAAUGUCUUUGCAAAAAGCCCCUCUGGAGUGAGUAUGUUUAUUCAGAGGGCUUCACAUGCCUUCAUUUUUUACAUGCCUUGACAACUAUUCACAUGCCUUCACACAGCAUGAGAAGAGUCCAGGAAAGUGCAUUUCAGGGACAGGGAAGAGCAAUGCAAAGGCCCUGAGAUGGGAAGGACCUUGGCUUUUCCCAGGAACUGCCAGCCUAAGGCCAAUGUGGUCAACAUGUAGCUGGGCACAGGGGAUAGCAGAUGCACUGACUUGGAGAGACAGGCAGGGCCAGAUCUUGCAGGACACCAUGGGGUUAGGUCAUGCUACAUGUAACAAGUCCUUGCGGAGGGUUUUAAGAGGAGGGGCAUGCUACUAUGAACGUCUGAAGGUCACUUUGGCUGCUGUGCGCAAAGUAGAAUGAAAGGCGAGGGCAGUCAUCCAGGCAAGAGGGGAUGGUGGCUCGGAUGAGGGUAGUGGCCCUGGAGGUGGAGGGAAGUGGAUGGAUUCUGCAGGUUUUGGAAAGAGAGACAACAUGGCUUGGCAGAAAAGAGAGGAAUUGAGGAUUGCUAUCAUGCUAAUAUAGGGAGAUCACUGCCAUUCCUGGGGGCAGUCAUAGUGCCUGGGGAUGGUAUAUGAUGUAAGUCUCAGGUUGAGUUUUAAAAGCUCUGGAAGUAGGCAAGGCAGCUGAAGGGGAAGGGGACACAUUUCAGAGGAAAAGUUGAGUAAUUUUUCUCCCCCAAAUAUGUUCUCCCUAGCAAGGCUUUGGCUGGCAGCAAGAUGAGGCUUUGCCUAUACUAAAGGAGACACUAUCCAUGCAGCAAGGCUGCUACCAUUGAGGGCUUACCAAUCCUCCCCUGUUCUGCUCCACCUCCCACAUACCCAGCACUGAAGUCCACCAAGACAAACUGCGAUUGGGUCCCACAACAUGGUGAAAAGCAGACUGGGUGACGAGGGGUGUCCAGCAGUGGUGGGACUGGCUGCAGAUGGAUGGAAAAUAUGGAGCACCAGCAGUUGCAAGAAAAUAUUUCUAGUAGGUUGGGGAGGCAGCUUCUCCAAGGGAAGCCAUCUGCCUAAAUUGUGCAGGAACACCUUAGGGAAGUGUGUAAAUCAGAGCCUGACAUGUAGAAGAGACAAGAGGAGAAACCACAGGUGACGACAGCCCACCUUCACCCACAGGUUCCAUCUUCCCCACUUCCACCUAAAAGAUGGCAGAACUGCCUCUCCCCCCUCUUCCCCAUAUGCCUUAAAACCCUUCUGAGGCUCCCCAUCAUUCACUCAGAGAAGGCCAGGCUCCGCAGCAGUCGGGCCUCAUCACUCCCCAGUACACCUCCCUGGAAUCUGAAUCUCAAGAUGCUAUGAACCACUCAGAGCCUCAGCAAUAACAGUGGCCCUCUGCCUACAAACUGACCACUACCCCCGCCUGGCAAAAUCCUACUCCAUCCCUAAGUCCCAGAUCAAUAGGAACCCAAUCCUGGGAGGACUUCCACCAAUGCCCACCCAGCCCCAGCAAUGCUAGGCAAGACUUCCCCUCACCCACCAACUAUCCCAGGCAGUGUAACAUCAAGUUGCAAAACUGGUAGCCUGUGGAGUGUUUCUUAAAUCGGUAGUAGUUUAAAAUGUUUUAAAAUCAUUGCUAACAUUUUAAAACUGGGUGAUUUCAAGUAGAGCUUCCCUUGAAAAUUUUGGUCUUGCAAUACUAUAUUUUCUUGUUCAAGGACUUUUAUGGUUUCAUUUUUUUUUUUUUUUUUUUUGAUGUUUAAAUCUCUUUCCUAUCAGAAAUUUGUUUUGGUGUAAUUAAGGAAGGAUUUUUCUCCUCACAUGACUAACAUGCUGUAUUUUAGACACAAAACUUCCAACAAGUCCAGUUUCUAGGUUUUUGGUCUCAUUGUUACAAUCUCAUUUUUAAAUAACACAUUAUUAGCUGUUUGGACACUGAAAGUCCAGAGCUAGUGGGAAAUCAAAUUCUUCCUUCAGCUUCAGGCAGUUAAACAUUAACCAGAAUGAAGUUUUCCCAGGCUGGUAGCUCUACUAUUUUGCCAAACCGUAAGGCAUCUGAGGAUAACACUUGAGUGGAGACAAGGUCACCUUGGCCAGCAUGAUUGCAGCAAAGGAAGAAUGAGGUUGAAACCUCAGAAUUGGUCAUCAGAAUUGUAUUUCACCACAGUCUCCACACAGGGUCAGACUUUUCCAGUGAGAAAGUCUGCCUUUGUCCCUUGUCUUAUGGUAUAAUGUGUACCCUUGGCCCACUUCUCACAAUAAAGGCUAGCCUUGGAUGAGCUCAUCCUUUCCCAGGGCUUCAGUUAGCAUGUCAGUGCAUAUGACUCACAAAUGCUCAACUCCAGUCUUCUUGCAACUACUAAGCUCCACAGCUGCACUUGCAGCUGCCCAGUCACUCCUAGGUGGAUAUUUGACAGGCACCUUAAAGUCAACACCUCCUACUUCUUAUCCCCAAACUACUUCUCCUGUGGUUUCUAAUCUCAAUAAUCAACAAUAUUCUUCUAGUUACUCAGUCUUGAAACCACCAUCAUCCCCCAAAAUGUCCUCAGGUCCACUUUCCUUUUCUGCUCCACUGCCCCUAUUGUAGUUAAAGCCCUAUUGCCCAGCUUGGAUUGUAAUACAUAUCUAACAGCUGUGUCCCCUUUCAACCUCCUCCAAGUCAUCCUUCAAACUACCUCCAGGUAUUUGAUUGGGUUACUCCUAGAUCAUUACUUCUGACAGGUUCCCCACUGCCUAAAGUCCCAACUCCAUAAAAUGGUAUCCAAGGCUUUCUACACUCUUUACCCAACUUCUAUAUCUUGUUCUUACCAUCCCCACACCCACAUCAAUCACUGUAUAAUCACUCCAGUUCACUUUUCCAUGCUAUUCCAUCUGCCUGGGAUGUCUGUUAAACCCUGGCCAUCCUUCACCAGGGUUCAGACCACUGGUCAGAAUAAAUCUCUCCUUAGUCUCUAGACCUGUGCUGUGCACUACUGUAGUUCUAGCCACAGGAGGCUACUGUGUGCGUGAAAGAUGGUGAGUCCAGAGAUGUGCUUUAAGUGUAACAUGUUCACAAGAUGUGACUUAGUACCAAAAACAACUGUCAAGUAUCUUAUGUUCUAUAUUGAUUACAUGUUGAAAUAAUGUUUUGGACAUAAUGGAGUAAAAACAUGUAUUAACUUCACCUGUUCUUUUUACUUUUUAAGAUAUCCAAUAGAAAAUUUAAAAUUACAAAUGUGGCUUGCAUUAUAUUUCUAUUGGAUUGAGCUGCUCUAUAUUUCUAUGAACCUUCACUUUUGCCUUUUGCCUUCAUUUAAGCAGUCAACCAACAAGGCCCCUGACUUCAAGGAGCUUAUAGUGUUUGGCGUGGGGGGGGGUUGGCGUGGGGAGACUUACUAUCCAGCUGUGGUUUAUGAACAUGUACAAGUCUAGGUUGCUUUGCUUAAUCUAGAGCACACAAAAAAAGAAUGAUCAGCACCCUAACUAUAUCCUUUGUACUUCUGCUCUCAGGUUCUCCCAAAGAUGACAUCACAUGUGGUAAACGAGAUUGAUAACAUAUUGCGCAACAAGCCCUACAGCAAAAAGGACUAUAGAUCAUAAGGCAAUGCAUGAAUCACAGAAGCUGCAUGGUUAAAAUAGCGGCCUGUGCCCAGUUCAGAAAGGUGUUACUAACCAGUCUUUUGAAUCACUUAGCAGCUUGCUGCUCAACCUCUAGUGACCCUCCCUGGAUUCUUUGAGGUGUCUGCUGUUGCUACCACUGUGCACAUCUGAAAACUCACAACCAGGAAAAUCCAUUCUAUUUUCUUAUCUUGGACUGGAGUCACCUAUUCUUGCAUUGCUCUAUACACCUCACACUUAUGCAAUGGAAAGAAUAUGGGGCUGGGAGGUGAUAUAUUACCUUCAGGCAUUUGGUAACUCAAAGAAGGCUGUACAGAUAUAUUUUUUCAAAAGAACAAAAUCAACAGAUGCAAUGUGAGUUGCAUAAGAAACAGAGUAGACUAUCUUCUCUCAAAUCUUUGCUUGGAAGAAUAAGCAGAAACAAUUUUAUUUUAUUCCUAUUAUCACAUUCAUAUUAACAAGUUUUGUUCCAUUUGUCGUACAACAAAACUAAAAUUUCUAGGUAUUUGCUUUAAUUACCUUUCAAAUAUUUACUGUUGGUUGGCCCCAAGAAUGGCCUUGUACAACUUAUCCAGAAUGUCUAUUAGGAUUUUAAUGUUAUGUCCACUUACAAGUAGAGACAGUAAAAGGAUGAACACCCCAAUCUUUAGUGACAUUACAGCUGAUUUAUAAAAGAGAAGGUAACACUGCUGUGGAAACUUAGCUUUGAAGAAACUGCAAUGUAUCUGCAAUUAGGUGUUCACUUUUUAUGUUUUAUUAAAACCUGCUUUAUAUUUUCAACUGCUUGUAGGCACAACUUCUGCAAGUUUAAAUAUCUGAGCUUUAAAAGUAAACAUGCACAUGCUCAGUUUUGAAGAACCUGUAAAAUACCCAGAAAGGCAAAUGUUCACUGCUUAAUUAGCACUGGGAUUUUACAAUAUAACGUUUGGUACUUUUGAGGUGAUGUUAACAUGAAAGUCAAUCAUGUGAAAAAUGCCAUCACUAUUCAGAAUAUGCUGGGUAAAUUAACUUGCCUAGUGAAAUGAAAAACAUUAAAGAACUUCUUGUUCUAUAAUAAUAUUAUAUGCACUAAACUAUAUGCAUGAAAGUUCUCUGCAUGGAUUAAUGGGGCUUACCCUUGUCACACUCAAAAUCUGAGGUAUACCUAGCCUUGCCACUAUUGGCUACUUACCCUCAUUAAUAUCCCACUUGAGGAAAAACUGUGAGAAUAUACUAUGUUGGUAUCUGUAAAAAGAGAGAAAAACAUGUUUUUUUUUUUUAAGGGAGUGGUGUGGGGGUGGCCCUUUAACCCUAUUUGGCUAUCUGAGGAUGUACAAAAUUCUAAUUUAAUUUUCUGAUCAGCAACUUUCCCAUACAGAAGUCACUUUGAGGUUUACAGAAGAAAUAUAACAUCAUUUAAAAAUGCUAUUUUCUGUCAUUAUUUCUAUAUGUGAUUUCAUGGUUAAGUUCUAAAUCUGAAAAUGUUAGUGAGAGAUAUUAAAAAAUUUUCUUUUUGAUUACUAGUACCUGUAUUCUAAUAGAGAGUUUGAAUUUUCUGCCCGAGUAUCAGAAUAAUGAUGGAAAUUGAUGGAUUUUUUCAGUUGUUCAUUGUGUAUUCAAUCCAGUGAACUACUCUAUGUGUAAAGGAGCUGAGGUGCUGUCUAAUGGGAAAUGUGAUUUAUUUGCUUAGAGUAAUAAAAGCAUUUUGUGCAUUCAAUCUCA